AUUACAUGAAAGCUAGAAGUGAACGAGAUGUGGAACUAGGCAAAAUUGGCCUAGAAAAAAUUGUUGAAUUGUUCAAGAUAAGGAAUUAUCCCUGACCAUUAUUGUGACAUGUGACAUAGUACCGUGUCCAGCUUUUCAAAAGUUGUAAGAAAAUCUGCGUUUGAAAAGAAUAUCUUUAAAGAAUUUUUCAUAUAUCGUUACACCAAGUUUCGCCUUAUGGCAUGUGAAUACCGGAUGCUGAAAAUAAACCAGUUUACUGCAGACGAAAACCAGGCAGGUUCUCAAACGAUUUAAUGCCAGCCUACCUCUGGAAAUCAACUACGAUACGAUUGCAUUCCAUUUUAUCACAAAUUCACUAGUAAAUCACAAAACUGUGAAAAUAUUGCAAUGUCACCUGGCGAAAAAUGAUUUAUCAAAUCUAUUUGUCUGUAAUUAAAGCCUGGUAACUGAUCAUACUGGACUACAUCGCAUCAAUAAGUGUCCAAGGAAAUCUUAACUUAUUUUUAAUAUUUAAUGCAAUAACAUAAAAUAAACGGAGGAUUUCGAACUUCUCGCACCGUCUCUUGGGUUUCUUUUAUCCGAAAUCAUUCAGUAAAUACUGUAGGUAAUUGAAAUAAAAUUGUUUGGUACAAAGAAUUUAUCAUUUUACCUUGCUAGGAAUUUGUGAUGAAUUCUGAACAACCUUUCUUGCAGAUCAAGAUCCUUUUCCUAAAUUGAAUCAUUUUCAUCUGCAAAUGUUUUUGAUAACAUUCAUUUUCCAAGGCCGUCGGAAGCGAGGGGGGCUGGAGCCCGUUAAUAAUUGACAAACUGUGUUGUAUUUUCUUUGUUAUAGUGUACUGAAUAGGAAGCAAUACAAGAGGCAGCCCCUCUUUAAUAUAAAUUUUUGCUUCUACGACACUGUUUCCUAAGGUUGAAAUAUCGGGGCCAGCGUGACGUCACAACUGAAAAAAUUAUAGAGCAUGCGUACUUGUUUGUUUUUGGAUGGCUUGUUCUGGAAGCAUGCUGCAAAGAUGGUGGAUUUUAACGUGAUUUUCAGAAAGUUCGGAUGGUAUGCCUUUCUAGCUGGUUUUUGAUAACUGCUUUUUUUGUAGUGACUGUUGAAGCAUUAAAAGACAUCGUAUAUAUCAAAGAUGGGAUCAAGUUAUCCAUGGUUGAAUUUAGAAGACACUGCCAUACUUGAACUGCUUCAUAAGUGGGAAAAGGAAGAUGCAGAAGGGAACAGAAAGCCAACCGAAAUCCUUAAAAGUUUAUCAGAAAAAGUUGAAGAGCAAUAUGAGCAAUUCCUUGGGCUGGUUCCAGACCCAUUUGAUGACAGACAUCCUUUUCUUUCACCUUUAGCUCAAUCUUACCCGGACUGUAAGUUUGGUGACACUUUGCGCCUGAUUAUUGGGGAAAAGGAAUUCAUGCAUAAGCUGACAACAUCAUAUUUUGCAAAUACAGAUGACGAUUUUGAAUUGAACUGCCAAGCUGCUAGGCUGUUGCUCAAUAUCUUGUCAGGAAUGGAAGGGAAAAUAUUCGAGGAUUGGGAAAGUGUUGGAAAAAUCUGUUACAAGUGGGGAAAGGCAGGCAAAGAACCAUUACGAUCAUAUGCUAUUGAUAUAUUGGCCGUAGGGAUGCAGAACGAAGAAAAUGCUGGAAUUUUCAAGGAGGAAAACCAAGCAAUGGUUCCCAUUGUGCUUAAACGGUUAAAAUGUUUGAAGGAAAUCCCUGAUCUCAGCACUCCGGCUAUUCAGAAUUGCAGCAAACUAUCCGUGAAGGCAAGUUCAAAAAGCUCAUCGAGACACGUCAGGUAUUCAUCUGGUAAAAUUCAAAAGAAGAAGGAAGAGGAAGGCACGCCAACUAGUUCAAAAACAAAACAAGCCGAUCAACAGUAUACCAAAAAAUCUUUGCAAGAAGCAAUUGAGAAACCUGCUGGAGAACAAACCGAUAAUGAGAAAUCGGAAGAGAGCAAGGCUGAAGCAAAAGAUGGUAAAGAAAGCCAGGGAAGUGCCACGAGUUCUCAGUGGCAAGAACAACUGAAGAUUGCAAAAGAGGCAAAAAGUGCGAAGGCGAAGAGGUAUGGGUACAAAAAGCCCACCUGGUGCUUAUGGCCUCUAACUGUUGGUUCCCAGCAAAGAUCGUUGGUUGGAUAUGUGACGUCACUUGGACAGUACCAGGAGCUUCUCAUCUACGCUUUUGAGCACGAUGCUCUAGAACUUAUAUUCUACUACACCAACGUGAAAAUGCAGAAGGACCCGAUCCUGGCUCUUCGUGGUUUAGAGUACCUUUCUGCUUUGAUGUGUCACAAGAAGUUUGUAACAGAGUUUGUUGCUAGAGGUGGGGUGCAAAAACUACUAGAGAUACCAAAGCAGUCGACGUCAUCCACUGGAGUCUCCGUCUGUUUGUAUUACUUGGCGUAUAACGAUGAUGCCAUGGAACGGGUGUGCCUUCUACCCCAGCCAAUGCUAACAGAUCUGGUGAAAUACGCGUUGUGGCUCAUGGAUUCUGGCAUCCACGACUCGGCUCGUUGUUAUUCUACGCUGUUUUUCUCUCUUGUGUUCACGUUCCGCGCCAUCUUGGAUUUGUUUGUCUCCAUGGAUGGCUUACGAAGACUCAUCAACACUGUAACUGUUCUUAGCAUUCUCCGACCCGAAGAAGCCAGACUUAUGGCGAACGACGAAUCAUUUGGGAUGAGGCAGAUUAUCAAACAUACUCUCUUAGCAUUGCGACGGUUCUUUGAAGCUCAGCUCUCAAUUAAAGCUGAUGAAAUCAGACGAAAAAUUGCACGAAACGAAGGAACCCUUCCUCCACAACCAAUUCCUGCUUACAAAGCUGUUCCUUUCUCUCUGAAUCAGCAUCUUGAAAACAUUCAGCUACUUAUUGAAAAUUCAGAAGAGAUUUCAGCAUGGGUGCCAUUGUUGGCUUUCAAGAAACUAGGAGGAAUCCAGCUUCUGUUCCAGAUUAUAUCAUUUGCGUCAUCCGGAUGGGAAGGGUACAGCAACAGGAAUGAAGUUGUGAAAUCGGCCUUAGAAAUCCUACUUGUGCUGUCUGUGAACCCAAAAGUUCAGCUUGCAUUUUGUCAAAACGUCCCCCUUGAAGCGGAUGACAGCCAGUCCGGAAUAAGCUUAUUGGUUCGUGCUGCAGAAGGAACACUGUUAAAAGGCGAUGGAGAAAUCCAAAAAGUUGCUCUUCAGAUCUUAUGCAACUGUGUCUGUGCUCCAAAAGCCAAGUCUAAGAACAUCCCUGCUGUACCACGCACUUUUGCAAGACCAUUGAAAGUUGAGGAUGUCUCGCAUAAAAUGUGGAAUGCUGUGCGAAUGCAGAAUGGGAUCAAAGUUCUUCUUGGUCUGUUGAAUACAAAAACGCCAAUCACCGAGGCUGACGCCAUCAGAUGUUUAGCUUGUAAGGCCUUAUGUGGGUUAUCAAGAAGUGAUCGGAUCCAGCAAGUUCUCUUAAAGUUGAUUUUCACGUUCAGUGGUCAGCUGCAAAUGUUGAUGAGGGAACCGGUACUCCCAGACAAAACUAACGAGCAUGUUAAGUUUUGUAAGUAUGCCUCGGAGUUGAUUGAAAAAAUCACAGGGAAGGUUUUAACAGAACAUGGAUCACCAAUGGCGAUGCUCCAUACUCUAAAAAAGGCUGAUGUUGUAUCUCAAACUCACAUUUCUUAUUCCGAAAAAGAACUUCUGCAGCUGAUCGUGAAUCACUUGAAAACUAAAGGAUUUAAUGCAGCUGCAAAGACUCUUCAAAAGGAGGCAAAUCUUACUAAUACGAGGCAGAGCGAAAUUAGUAAAGACGCAGCGUUUCUCUCCCCAGUCCCUUCGAAGAAACUGAAAUCUUCAACAAGCCAUCACCGGACACCGGAAACUACACUUACCUAUGGAGACAGUACACCUGGAACUCCUUCUAUUUAUCGCCCGGAACCGGAAAAAUUGUUAGACCGGCUUGAGAUGUCAAAAGGAAGUACCUCACAAAAUAACAAUAAUAAUUUCCAACCGACCCUCGACAACAUCGUUCGGAACUAUCUCCGGGAACAACAUGCACGAUGCCGGAACCCGGUCACAACCUGUCCUAAAUUCUCGUUGAUAAGGCCCCAUCAAUGCCCGGAGCCUCACUACAAAAUGCACGCACCCACUAACAUUAUGAGCCGGAUGUUCCAUCGUCAGAUCCAACCAAGACAUGGUGGAAAAAUGGGUGCUAAAUUCAAUCGAAAGUUCGUCUACAGUCGGUUUCGAUCUGUCGGUACGAUUGAAGACAACGAAGGAAUGGCAUCGUUUACCUGUGCGAAAUUCCUCCCUGAUGGUGAUUUAAUCUUACUUGGAACCAAAGAAGGAGAAGUGAAAAUGUUUAAUAUUUUCUCUGGCCUGGAAGAAGCGCACUACCCUUGUCACAUGCAACCGAUUUCAAGCUGUGAACCUUCAAAGGAUUUGAAUUUGCUGUUGACGGCAAGCCCGUACUGUCAACCAUCAGCCGCACUUUGGACGUUCUUCAAUUCUCCGUUUUUCGAAAAAAAGCUAAGUUUCCAUGGUGACAAUCACGUCAAGUUCAGCACGGCUCAGGACCAGGUCAUUGGCACUGCAGACUACACCGCACAUAUCUACGAUUUGACGACCGGGAGGCUGAUUUCGACUCUGGCUGAUCCGCGAAACAUCAACCGGUACCAUAAGAAUAUUGCCACUUUUAAUAACACGGACGAUCUUGUGCUUAAUGAUGGCUGCCUUUGGGAUGUUCGAUCGUCCAAGCUCCUGCACAAAUUCGAUAAAUUCAAUGAUUACGUCAGUGGCGUGUUCCAUCCUUCUGGUCUGGAAAUUAUCAUCAACUCUGAGAUCUGGGAUAUCAGAACAUUCCAUUUGCUAGACACAUGUACAUCCCUUGACCAGUGCAGAUCGAUUUUCAAUAACAAAGGAGAUGUAAUUUAUGGAGUAAAGCACGUUCCAAUGGAUCCGCAAACUGAAUAUAUAUUUGGCAGCAACGUUUUGCUCGGUCCAUAUGAUUAUACGUUCCGGACUUUUGAUUCGUAUGACUUCUCAGUGAUCGCUACAAUCGAUAUCAAGAAGAUGAUUUUCGAUCUUUGCCCUGACAACAAUGAUACACUAGUAGCAGUUAUAGAGGGAAGUUCAAAUGCAGGGGAGAUUGAAAGUAUUUGCAGACUUUAUGAAGUUGGGAGACAGAGGUUUAUUGAUGGGGAAGACAGCGACGAGGAACAGGCGGAAGAUGAUGGGAAUGACGAGAUCAAUGAAGAUGACGAGGACGAAUUUGACGAUGCAAUGGACACCCUGGAAGAUCUGUUACUUGACGUGGGGGAUGUGGAAGAAGACGAAUUCGAUGAUUUUGAAGACUUUGACGACGAGGACGAUGAUGAGGAUGAUGAUGAUGAAGGCGACGAGGACGAUGAUUUUGAUGACGAUGAUGACGACGACGAUUUUGAAGAUGAUUUUGAUGAUGAUGUUGACUUAGGACCUGACGAGGAAGAUGCGAACGAUGGUAAUGAAGAAAUUGAGGACAGAGAUGUACAAAGCGUUCUUGAUGAAGACGAAUAUCGGUGGUAUGAUGUUGAAAAUUAAAAACAAUAUUUUAUAUCCAGUAAAGCCAUGGUUUGUAAAUUAUCGCUUUAUAAUAAAUUCCAAAUUUU